UACAAAACACCACCCGGCGUCGCACUCACAGUGAGAGUGAGAGGCAGGCCGGUCGGCCCCCUCCUCUUCCCUCCCUCCUACCGCGCGGCGCGCGCGUAGGCGCGGGCUCCGAGACCACCGAGGCGCGUCCGCGACCGAGCCGGAGACGGCAAGGCGCGCCCGCGCGCGCCCACUCCAGCCAGGCACCACGACGCGACGCGACCCCCGCCGGGCCGAGCUCUUCCGGCGGCUCGACGCCGCCUGCACCGCUCGCUGUGGCGAACCGCCGUCGCCGCCGCAUUUCCCUCCCGAAGAGGACGACCAGCCUAUCUGGCCGCCCCGCAGCCGCUACUGGAAGCUCUACAAGUCCCUAAAAGGUAUGGAGUCUAACCCAGCAAAUUCCCUGACCAGUCCUACUGAAAACUCCAUAGCUCCACCAUCAGAGAAGAGACAGAAAAUUUUAUCUGAUAAAGAUGGUGACCAGUGUGCUGAUGAUGGGCAUUCCUUUGAAUGUGCAUUUCAAGUUGCCCCUUAUAAGGAUGGCAAAAGUUAUAGAGGGCAAGAUGAACAGGGAGAAAACCUGCUCUCACUUGUUCCACCUAAGCCACCAAAACGUGAAUCCAUUUGUAUUGGAGCUUAUGCUGCUCAAUGUGCAAAAUGUUGCAAAUGGAGACUUGUUCCAACAAAAGAGAAGUAUGAAGAACUUCGUGAGCGAAUUCUAGAAGAUCCUUUUGCAUGUGAAAAAGCCCGUGAGUGGAAGCCUGAUGUGACAUGCAAUGAGCCAUCAGAUGUAUCUCCAGAUGGCAGACGGCUUUGGGCAAUUGAUAAACCUAACAUCGCACAGGCCCCUCCAGGGUGGGAAAGGUUGAUCAGGAUAAGAGGUGAAGGAAGCACCAGAUUUGCUGAUGUGUACUAUAGCUCUCCUACCGGAAAGAAACUGAGAUCGAAAGUUGAAGUUGAGAAGUACCUUGCAGAGAAUCCACAACAAGGCGUAAAGUUAUCUCAAUUUUCAUUCAAGAUACCUGCACCUCUACAACAGGGCUAUGUAAAAAAGCGUCCCCGGACGAUUCAAAAUGAUGGUACACAUACAGGAUCGACUAAGCCUCUUCAACUGGAAGAAGUGCAACCCAUCUCCUGGGCAGCUCCACCGACGCAUGGCGAUCCGGGGGACAACAAGCAGCUGGUCCUGUACAACGAUGAUCAGUCUGAACUGAUACAAUCUGAACUGCAGGAGACAAAGCCGGGCAGCCCGCCGCAGCCGUCGGCCGUUUAGCCCCCAAAUCCUGCAUCCGGCAUCUGGCAUGCCGAGGAUCAACUUUUGGAUGGUGUUUGAGUCCAAACCAUACAUAGAUGCUCCUACCAGUGAUAGGAAACCCUGCUCUCGCCUAGGUUGCUACAGUGUUCGUGCUGUUCUAUUAGUAGCUUGAACGCCACUCCGGCGAAAUGUGUUGUACCAUAGCUCUGAUCUCCUAGUCCUAGUUGGAUGAAACUCUGGAGAAAUUUUGGGACGACGAAAGAAGCUUGGUGGAAUGGAUGGAACUGUUGUCACCUUGGUUAUA